CGGCAAGGCCCUGAUGCUGGCCACCGAGGGCCGGCGGCUGGUCCACACGGGCAGCUACACGUCGGUGCAGACCUGCGACAAGGCCGUGCUGGUGUCCAAAGCCGAGGAGUACCUGAAAACGCCCCGCUCGUCUAUAGGAAUACAGGUGGAAGCGGCCACGGACUCGGAGGCGGAGAGCAGAAUCCUGCCCAGGUAUCAGUCGGUGGGCAUCCAGGUGGAGGGCGAGAAACGGCACGCCCGGUUCAGGCGCUCCAACAGCGUGACGGCGGCGGUGCAGGCGGACGUGGAGCUGGAGCGCCUCCGCUCGGUGGAGGACAAGGUGGUGCAGUUCGGCGGCCUCCAGCGGCACUCAGAGCCCAGCUCGCCGGCGCAGUUCAGCGCCACGCGCACCGUGCGGACUCAGGGCAUCUUCACCUACCGCGACGACUACAGGGCGCCGAGCGGCCCGCCCAGCCCCCGCGCCCAGGCCUGGCCCGAGGAGGAGGAGGCGGAGGCGGCCCGGGCGGAGGGGGUGCACGUGGACGGGAGCUGGUACAUGCAGCUGCUGCACGGCGAGACCAAGCGCAUGGAGGCCUGGUGCAAGGAGAUGGAGCGCGAGGCCGAGGAGCACGAACUGUCCGAGGAGAUUUUAGGGAAGAUCCGGAGUGCGGUUGGUAGUGCACAACUCCUCAUGUCGCAGAAGUUCCAGCAGUUCUACUGGCUGUGUGAGCAGAACCUGGACCCGAGUGCCAUGCCGCGCCCCACCGCUCAGGACCUGGCUGGUUUCUGGGAUCUUCUGCAGCUCUCCGUCGAUGACGUCACGGCCAAGUUCGAUGAGCUGCAGAAGCUGAAGAGGAACCAGUGGAGAACCGAGGAGGAACCUGAGGAGAAGCGUAAGUGGCCUCCUCCGGCGGCGAAGAGGCCGGCCAAAGGUCGCGGGGCCGGACUGACACGUGACCGCUCCCUGGACCUGCAGGACCGGCAGAGGCAGGAGGCCCGGCGCAGGCUAAUGGCCGCCAAGCGAGCCGCCUCGUUCCGCCAGAGCUCGGUGUCGGAGAGAGCGGACAGUAUAGAGAUCUACAUCCCCGAGGCCCAGACGCGACUGUGA